AUGCUUUUUCUCGACUACCUUCUGGUUGCGGCUGGCCUGCUGGCCACCGCUCUACCUACAGCCGAGGGAUAUGCUAGUAAAAGGUCACAAAUGGUUCGCACUGUCGUUACAACCGACAUGGAGCAAGACGACCUAGCCUCCCUGGUCCGCUAUCUGCUCUACACCAAUGAGCUCGAUACCCAGGGUAUUAUUUACACAGCUAGUCGAUAUCAUUGGGCCGGGGAUGGGAAUGGUACCAAAUUCUUUCUUUCUGACAGAGAAUACACCACCCCACAAUGGGCAUGGCGUUGGACCGGUACGCGGACCAUCCAGGAUAAAGUCCUCCAGGCGUAUGCCGAGAUUUAUCCCAAUCUGAAUUGCCACGAUCCUUUUUACCCCACGCCGGAUGAGUUGCUUUCUAUGGUCAAGAUUGGCAAUAUUGAUUUCGAAGGUGAAAUGGAGCAUGACACCGAUGGUUCGAAUCAUGUCCGGUCAUUGCUACUAGAUGAUGACCCACGACCUUUAUACCUGCAGGCAUGGGGUGGAACCAACACUAUUGCCCGUGCCCUCAAAUCAAUCGAGGAGCAAUACUCAAAGUCCCAGCAUUGGAAUAGCACUAGAGAAUUUGUCUCCCGCAAGGCUAUCAUCCUGGCUAGUGGCUUCCAGGACGAGACAUACACAAAUUACAUCGCUCCCAACUGGCCACAGAUUCGCGUCGAGGAGCUGUCAGCUGGAUACAAGACGUGGGGAUACAACUGCCAGGGCUCAGGCAAUCCCCGUGGCUACCCAGAUGACGAAGAAUACUUUUCGGGUGACUGGAUCAAGGCGCAUAUCGAAACCGGGCCAUAUGGGAAACUCUAUCGUUCUUGGCUCGAUGGCCAGUCCAUGCCUGGUGACCCCGAGGAUGUAUUUGGCAACUUGACAGAGCUAGAAUCUUCAAGCCAGUGGUGCAAAUCUACUGGCCCAUACGGAUUUUUGUCCGAGGGUGAUAACGUGGUGUUUAACCCCUUGUUGACGACCGGCCUCCAAGACCCAACUAAUCCAGCGCUUGGUGGCUGGGGCGGCCGGUCCGUUCAGAACAGCACCUCACCAAAUCUGUGGGAGAUGGUCAGUAAAGAGAAGAACCAAAAUGGUGAUGACGUUGCCUACUAUACAACGAAUCGCUGGUCGGCUGCAGUCCAGAAUGACUUUGCGGCUCGCAUUCAGUGGACAUUGACGGCGAACUAUACUCGCGCCAACCAUGCGCCCAAUGUCGAGUGUCUGAAUGGAACUGCAGUAAAGGCGCAGGCAGGGAAGACGGUCAUCCUCGCAGGUUCAGUUAGUGACCCGGAUCUCGACGAUGUCACCACAUCCUGGUGGCAGUUCUUCGAAGAAGGCACAUACCCAGGGUCUGUGACUGUGACUGAUCGUGGGGAUCAUACUGCGAAUAUCGAGAUCCCCGCCGACGCAAAGGCUGGCCAAACCAUUUCCAUGAUUUUACAAGGGACGGAUAACGGGAAAUUCCCAUUGACCCGAUAUAGUCGCACCUUCAUUCAUGUGAUCUAA